CACAUUUCCUCAAGUCAGAUCCGUCAAGACCGCCAUGGGCCCCAAGAAGGACAAGAAGAAGGGCAAAGACAAGAAAGGCGCGGACGAAAGUGCCGACAACGGCGGGGUCUUGACCCCUGAAGACCAAGUGAAAAUGCUCGGCUGCGUGAAUCGAUCGCUCCAGCUGCAGUUGGCCGACCGGCAUGAGAUGGCAGUGAAAGCCAUGGAGGCGAAGAAAGAGCUACAAGGGCGUGUAACAGAUUUACAAAAAGACUUUGAAAUGGGCAAGACCCAAACCUUCGGGAUCACUCAAGACAUGACACGCCAAUACAAGAGCAUGCAAGAGGAGCUGUUGAAUCGCAUCAAUGCGUUGGAAAACACCAACACCGAAUUGCGUGAUCAACUGGAGCUGGCCCGAGUCCACCUCGAAGAAGUGAAGCGAGAAAAGGACGGCGUCAUUGGAAGCAAAAACAGCGAAAUCCAAGAGCUAAAGGCCAAAAUGGAGGAAAUGGCCGCAGAAUUCGGCGACAUGCUCAAAGAAACCCUCGAUCGGAUGCGCGAGCGCAUUGAAAUUUCAAACACCAGCUACGACAACGAGUCGGGGCAACCCAUGAUGCGACGUCUCGAAGAAUUCAAUCUCAGCGGAUCGCCGUCCAAAUCCAUGCAGCCAGUCAAGUAACAAGCGAAGGAAUGAUAUGUUGUACUAACUGUAAAUAGUUCGUUCGCUCCAUAACGUUUACGCGACAGAGGGUUGGAAAUCC